AGAGAGAGAGAGAGAGAAGAAGAAGAAGAAGAAGAAUCCAUGGCGGCCACGAGCUCGGAGAAGAAGACGGCGGCGGAGGUCGUCGCCAUGCUGGAUCUGCAGCGCCACCCCGAUGGCGGGUUCAUCCUGGAGACCUUCCGCGACCCCUCCAUCUCCCUCCCCAAGUCCGCCCUCCCUCCCCGCUAUAAGGUAGACCGUGCUGUGAGCAAUGCCAUAUAUUUCCUGCUACCUGCUGGAGAGAUCGUUAAGUUGCAUCGCAUCCCUUGUGCUGAGACCUGGCACUACUACAUGGGGGAACCUCUCACGGUAUUUGAAGUGCAUGACGAUGGACAAUUCAAGAUGACAGUUGUUGGACCUGAUCUACGGCAUGGCCAAAAGCCACAAUACACAGUUCCUCCAAAUGUUUGGUUUGGCGCCUUCUUGACCUGCGACAUCGAGUCCUUCACCGAAGAUGGAAGUGUGUUUGUCAAAACGCCUGGAAGAGACUCUGAGCUGCACUACUCUUUCGUCGGUGUAACCUGUGCUCCAGCAUUCCAGAUUGAAGACGACGAAAUGGCAACACGGGAGAGCAUGAAAGCUUUGGCUCCUAAAGCAGAAGCUUUCAUCAACUACCUUGUGCCUUCAGACUGAGUUUUAUUCCACUCCAAGUAGCUCGCUCUACGUAAUGAACUGUAUGUACCAAGCUACUGAUGUUUGCAGGGCAGAAACCCUGAGGCCUGAAGCUUGCAUGUAUCAUCACUGACCAGUUAGUAGUAUUUAGUAUUGGUUUGGUGACAUAGUUUCUCACUAUUUUUUCGGAAAUAUUCAGUUUGUUUCUCCUGGCAGAACCACUUUUCUUCUCAAGGCCUAUUCUCAUCUGUCCCAUUCUUCUCUCUGCUCCCAAAUGUAUCCUCUUUGGUAAUCAACCUCUAA